AUGUCAAUAAAUAAAGAGGAUAAUAAUAAAGAGACUUACUUAAUUCAACAAAACUUUACACAACAACAACAACAACAUUUUUACCAACUUCAGAUACAGCAACAACAACAACAAACAAAUGAAAAUAAUAUAAAUUUUAAUAAUAAUAAUAAUAAUAAUGUAAAUAAUUUUGAGAAAUCUCAUUUAUCAAAUGUUACAAUAACCACAACAAAUACCUUCAUAAAUAAUGUGAACAAUGUAAAUAAUUUUAGUGUCAAUUUAGAUAAUAGGAAUAACAACGAAAAUCAUGUAAAUAAUAAUAAUAAUAAUAAUAAUAAUGAAAAUUUUUCAACUGAGGAACCUUAUGAUCAACAAGAGAUAAUUGGUGAAGUGUGUUAUAUGGUGGAAAAUAUUCAUGUUGACAAUGAAGAAUCUGUUGAUUAUAUGCCAUAUAUUAGUUAA